AUGUUCACCUCUUUAGGGGCAGCCUUGACCUUUGUCACGAGUUUGGCAGUUGGUAUUACUAUGGUAGUUGGGGUAAAUGCACUUAAUUCAGCUCCCAGUUAUAUGCUAGAUUACUACAAAUACGUUGUUGGACGUGAAGAUGCCGUACCCAAUAAUGAAAAGUUUUGGCAAACCGUCCUUACAUUCUAUCAAGUUGUGACAAUGGUUACACAAACCAUUUUCAGUCCUUUAAAUCUAACCACUUUUUGCUGCCGUUUCUCAGUGAUGUUUCGAUUGUCUGCGGCUAGUUUACUGAUGCUUAUCGAGUUACUCGUUAUAUUGGUUUUGCCAGUAUCUUCCACUGUUUCAGAGAACGGAGCGAUUGUGGCUCUUAUGAUUAUGGCCUUUGUGGGUGGAGUUGGACGUGCAUUUUAUGAAAACACGGGUUACGCAUUAUUUGGACCUUGUCCGACUGUAAUGAUGACAGCUGUGAUGACGGGUGUUUCCGUUUCUGGUUCCCUCACAUCUGUAUUACAGAUUAUUAUUAAGGCAUCCAUGUCAGACAGUUUUGAAUCUGUAAAGAUUCAAUCGUAUAUUUAUUUCAGUCUUGGUAUUGGAGUGAUUGUUGUGACGCUGGCCUUAUUAAUUCUUCUAUCAACAACGAAUUCUUAUGCUAAGAAGUAUGUUGCUGAAUUUCGUUCAAAACGUGGAUUCUGUGCCAAUAUUUACCGUAAGUCUAAAAGAAUUGCUGUUUCUGAGCCAACUGGCGAUGAGCUUGCGGUCUCUGGUGGAGAUGGUGUCAUUGUAGAGGAAUGCUCUACUCCUGGGACAAUGAGGAAUAAGGAAGAAGAAGAAGAAGAACUCACCACAGCAGAAUUGAUUCAGUCUGUAAAGCUUUGGCCUGUGAUUAAGAAGAUCUAUGGUUUGCAGUUCUCAUGCUUCUUCACAUACUUUAUCUCAUAUCUUCUCUUCCCUGGUGUGAUGCUUGCGGUGGACUAUGAUGAUGCGUGGUAUGGAACUAUUGUUAUGGCUGUCUUUAACGGAGCUGAUCUCAUUGGUCGAUUAAUGUGCUUAAUUAAGUGUUUAUGGCCUCCUCGUCGGUGGGUUAUCAUUGGUUCAGUACUGCGACUCGUUCUCUUUCCCUUGAUGAUUCUCUGUGCAACUCACCACAUCCCCACACAUGCCGCUGCAUACGUUAUUGCAUUCUUGAUUGGAAUGACUGGUGGGUUUAUUGGUACAAUGUCAAUGACGUACACACCAGAGACGGAAGGUAUUAACACGAAUGGAGAACGAGCGUUGGCUGGUCAGGCCUCAGGUGCGUGCCUAUUGUUGGGAAUUGCCAUGGGUUCUCUUCUUCAACUUCCUAUCAUGCUCAAGUUGUAA